AUGGAUUCUAAAGAAAGGAGAAAAUUUAGAAAGACGGUUUUGAAUAGUAGUAGACAAUCAGUGAGAUCUACAUCAUCAAAUGUCGAAGAUGAUAUCUCAAAUUAUGGUAGGCAAUUACAAUCUUCAUCUGGGAGGACUAAUAUUCCCUACCCUGAUGAGAAUAUGGAUCAAAACAAAUGUCUACAGUUUCAACAUACAAACUUGCCACAUUCUUCUUCAGAUAUGAUUAUCACAAAUCCAUUAUCUGGUAGUCCUAAUGAUGAAGAACCAGACCAUCCAGUAACGACUACAGACAAAAUUGAAGGAAUAUAUGAAGAGUACUUGGAUCACGGUGAUGAAAGUGUUAUUUGUGAAUGCUGUGAUGCAAAACUAUGGAAAGAUGAAGCUCUUCAAGGGAAAAAAUGCGGGACGAAAACAAGUUACUCCCUUUGUUGUCUUUAUGGCAAAGUUCAGCUUCCAAAAAAGAAAGAGAUGUGCUCUUCUUACAUAAAUCUGUUUCGUUGUGUGGACUCAAAAAGCAAAUACUUUAUGAAGAACAUUCGUCGUUAUAAUUCAAUGUUCUCAUUUACAUCAAUGGGUGGCAAAAUUGAUACUUCCAUUAAUAGUGGAAAUGCACCAUACAUAUACAUGCUUAAUGGUCAAAACUACCAUAGGAUGGGUAGUCUUCUACCAGCAGAUGGAAGAAAACCGAAAUUCUCUCAACUGUACAUAUAUGAUACCGAAAAUGAAGUUUCACAUAGACACAGUUCAUUUAGUGAAAAACAAGAAGCUUCUGCAUCAAAUUCUGAUUCCCUUGAUAUUGAGAUUAUUCAAUACUUAAAGAACAUACUAGAUGCAAAAAAUGUAUUGGUGAAGUCUUACAGAAUUGCAAGAGAUUGUUUUGAAUGCUACACGGAUGUCAAGGUAAAGUUACGAUUGAUUGGAAAAAGAGAAAAGGAUGGAAGAACAUAUAACCUUCCAACUGCUUCAGAAGUUGCAGCUUUAAUUGUUGGAGAUGAUGGUGGUACAAUUGAAAAAAGAGAUAUCAUUGUACAACAUCAGACAGGUUAUUUACAAUCAAUAAGUGAAUUACAUCCUUCUUAUCUUCCUCUUCAAUAUCCGUUGUUAUUUCCAUAUGGAGAAGAUGGUUACAGACUUGACAUUCUUCAUAGAGAGAUAACAUCUUCAAGCAAAAGUAAAAGAACAAUUGUAACAAUGAGGGAGUUCUUCGCCUUCAAACUUCAAGAUAGAAGAAAUAUGUUUUCAUUACUUCUCAAUGUAAGGAGGCUUCUACAACAAUUUAUUGUUGAUGGAUACACAAUGAUUGAAACUGAGAGAUUGCAUUAUAUACUUAAGCAGCAAAAAGUCCCAAGGUGCGAGACAUAUGAUACUCUAUGCAAUGUACAAGAAGGAGAGUGA